AUGUCUCCGAUCGUCCACGUGCUGGACGACUAUUACCUUGCCAUCACCCUCCUUAUCACGGUGGCCUACCAGCUCUUCUUCUUUGCCAUCGCCUUCUCCUUUAAAUUCGACAAACUGACCGACUUUGCCGGUGGCACAAACUUUGUGGUCCUUGCCAUCAUCACCCUCGCCUUCUCCGGCAGUCCCGAUGUACGCCAGAUCGUCGUGUCCGUCUUCAUGAUGGUCUGGGGCCUGCGACUGUCGGGCUUCCUGCUGUUUCGCAUCCUCAAGACCGGAAAGGAUGACAGGUUCGACGACAAGCGCGACAAGUUCUUUCCCUUCCUGGGCUUCUGGGUCUUUCAGAUGUUCUGGGUCUGGCUUGUCUCGCUGCCCGUCACUGUGCUCAACUCGCCGAACGUCCGGGCCUAUCAGCCGCAGCCAGCAUUUGGGACCGGCAGGGACAUAGCCGGAGUCGUGCUAUGGAGCGUCGGAUUCAUCAUGGAGAGCGUCAGCGAUGCACAAAAGUACCGUUUCCGGUCGUCUCACGAGGGAAAUAGGUCUGCCAUCUGUGACAAGGGCUUGUUUGCCUUGUCGAGACAUCCCAACUAUUUUGGCGAAAUGAUCCUGCAGUUCGGCAUAUUCACCAUCGCUGUCUCGCCAGCUGAAGACGGCCCCGUCGGCGGCCAAGCCUUCAAGGCACUUUACGCAACUAUCAUCGGGCCCAUCUUCCUGACAUUGUUGCUUAUGUUUGUCUCUGGCCUAACGCUACAGGAGCGACCCGGUGCCAAGAAGCGCUACGAAAAGGGCAACAACUGGGAGGGUUACAAGCGAUGGUUGUCCAGGACAAGUAUUCUCAUCCCGUUUCCGCCGCAACUGUACGAGAAGCUGCCGACGUUUUUGAAGAGGACAGUGUUUUUGGAAUUCCCAAUUUACGUCUUCGACCCGGCCAAGCACUCUGAUCAGAACAGGGCCGGUGACGAAGAGCAGGCUAGGCAAAGUGGCGAUGGCCUUGUUGGCCCUCAAUCAUAG